CUCAGAUCUGAAUUGUUAUGUACUGGAGUUGAGAGGAAAAUUAGAGUUUGUUUAGUGGAACAUUGGUUUGUACUUCUAUACUCACGUCGGACUUCGCACGACAAUGACUGGUUUCUGGACGACUUGUUCUGUACUUCUACUCAUUGCUUGGAGCUCACGAGCAGACAAUGCCGAAAUACCACCUCUCUCUGGAAGUCCUUGGUCAUGGCGGUGCGAGCCAAAGGGAGAAGGUCUGUAUGACAUUUGUGUACGUAUACUCACCCCAGAGAACACAGCUACUCCAGCACUAAGUCAUCCAGCCUGUCGGUUAACAUGUGGAAAGUUUGGAACUUUAUGGCCAAAACCUAAGAGUGUAAAUCUCGGUAAACAACUGAGUUACUUCUUGCCGCACUCCAUUUCGCAUACUUUUGUUGCUAGUGAAGAGGACACCCUUUUGCUAACAGAAGCUUUUAAGAAUUUCAUGAAAAUCUUGGACACCUAUGACUCAGAAUACCUUCUCGGAAAGCUAACUUGGAAGUCGCCCGAGCCAAUAGGAUACCACAAGGUAAAUAUUAACAUUCAUAUAGAAGGUCCAUCGAAAAGCCAUUUAGGUCUAGACAUCACUGAUGAAAAGUAUGCACUUGUUGUUACGACGGACCUAUGUUCACAAACCUCAACAGCCAACAUUACAGCUAAAACAUUCUUCGGAGCACGCCAUGGACUGGAAACGCUGGCACAACUGAUUGACUAUGAAGAAAUAGAAAAGAAAUUGAUGAUUGUCAACUCAGCUGACAUCAAAGAUGAGCCAGCUUUCCCCUACAGAGGUCUUAUGCUGGACACUUCUCGAAACUUCAUAACAGUUGAAGCUAUCAAACGAACUAUCGACACCAUGUCUGCCAACAAGCUCAACACAUUCCACUGGCACAUUACUGACUCUUAUACAUUCCCCUUGGCUCUAAAAUCCUUGCCAAAAAUGGCAUACUAUGGAACAUAUUCUCCACGUCAAGUUUACCUACCAGAGGACGUGAAAGGGUUGGUGGAGUAUGCGCGAGUAAGAGGUGUCCGAGUUGUGCCAGAACUUGAUGCUCCUGCACACGUUGGUUUCGGUUGGCAAUGGGGACCACAAGAAGGGCUUGGGAACCUAACCGUCUGCGUUGACCAGGAACCCUGGCAGGAGUUUUGUCUACAACCUCCUUGUGGGCAACUGAACAUUGCCAAUCAGAACAUCUACACAAUCUUGGGCAAGAUCUACCAAGAAAUGUUGGACAUGUUUGGGCCAUUGGACUUAUUCCAUUUUGGAGGCGACGAAGUAAACGUUCAUUGUUGGAAUACUACGGAAGAAAUUGUCACUUAUAUGAAGUCUAAAAACUUGAGUCUGACAGAUGAGUCUUACUAUGCGCAAUGGAGUCAAUUUCAAAAUCGUGCUUAUGACCUAUUGACUGAAGCCAACGGCCAAGUUAAAAUACCUGGGAUCAUAUGGACAUCACACUUGACUGAGAAAGGCCACACUAACCGCUAUCUCAACAAAGAGAAAUAUAUCAUUCAAAUUUGGUCUGUGAAAACGGAUCCCCUAAUCAAGGAACUUCUUGAUCAGAAAUAUCGACUAAUCUUCAGUAACAAAGACGCUUGGUACUUGGAUUGCGGAUUUUCAGCCUGGGUUGGUGAAGGGUUGAAUUCGUGUUCACCAUACAAGGGGUGGCAGCUCGUGUACGACAACAGCCCCAAGAAAAUAGCUCUCAACGUCUCUACUGAAGUGGACUUCAGUCUCAUCCUAGGCGGAGAAGCCCCUCUUUGGACUGAACAAGCCGACAGCUUGACCAUCGAUGGAAGAUUUUGGCCCCGCGGUGCCGCCCUCGGUGAGCGCUUGUGGAGCGACCCUGACCACGACUGGAGGGACGCAGAGUACCGCAUGGUCAACCAUCGCCAACGUCUCGUCAAACGCGGCGUCCAGGCCGACCGACUCCAGCCUGAGUGGUGCCACCAAAACCAAGGCCGAUGUUAUCGUAAUUGAUGACAAUCUGAAGCGAUCAUAACGAACUAACUAACGAUCCUUAUCGAGCGAUAACACACAAAGCAGACGCAUGAGACUUAGCUACAAACACGUUUCAUAGUUAAUAAUGAAAUAAGGAAAUAUUCGAUAGCAAUGCUCUGUGUGGUCUGUUUUCGGAUCCUCGGAUGCGAUGCAAUUAAUCUCCGUGCUAUGUUGUAUAUUAUUCUGUUCCUUCGCCAAAUGUGGAACUCUCAAUCAGCAAUUCUAUAUUUUCUACUUAACCCUUCACCGCAGUAUGUCACUCUCCGGGAACAUAACUUUCAACUUGAAUCAUACGUAA